GAUGGUUCUAAUGAUAAGGUUGGUUGAUGGCCAGGGUAAGUAUGGAGUGAUUAUUUUUUAUGAGAGGAGGAUGGAAAUGAAGGAGGAAGAAGCCUCUGAAAUGGAGGAGGGAUUAGAGGAACCAAAGGAUGUUGAUGUGUAA